AUGGCUAUCGAUAGGACGAUAUUUCUAAACGGUCUUUCCAAUCUCACUGGAGGUACUCAUAGCAGGUGGAAAGUUGGGGAUGUGAUAUUUCUAGUUUUCUUAAUAAUACUAAACAUUCCUGUAUACUUUGCCAAACCUUUUGAAAGGCAAUUCAUAAUCAAUGAUCCAACAAUUGCACAUCCGUAUGCAGAGGUACAAACAGUAGGCGAUGGGAUGCUAUUCGUUUACAGUUUACUAUUACCUACAGUAGUGAUUAUUUCCGUAUGGAUAUUAUUCACUGAUCGUAGACAUAGAUGGUAUUUGUUAUAUAUAUCAUUGCUAGGGCUGUACGUUACAUUUUUUUCAAACCUACUAUUCACUACUUUUAUUAAGAACUGGAUUGGAAGAUUGAGACCCGAUUUCCUAGAUCGUUGUCAACCUAUGGACAACUUACCACUCAACACUUUACUAAACCCUUCUGAAGUAUGCACUACAAAAAAUACAGAGAGAUUACUUGAAGGUUUUAGAACUACACCUUCAGGCCACUCUAGUGAAAGUUUUGCAGGGUUAGGGUUUUUGUACUAUUGGCUAAGUGGACAAUUCUUAUCAGAGUACGUUCAAGCUAGUUUAUGGGCAAAAUUCGUUUCAGUAUUGCCACUUGUAGGAGCAUCUGUCAUCGCACUAUCGAGGACGCAAGAUUACAGACAUCAUUUUGUAGAUGUUCUAAUUGGUUCUCUAGUUGGGUUUAUAUUUGCUACAUAUAUCUACAAGAAAUAUUUCCCAUCAAUUGAUUCUGAAUAUCCAUUUAAACCAUUACAAGAUGAUUCUGAUGUAUUUUUAUCUCAUGAAUUGCACCACCAAAGACUCCCUCAAUCUGAUGACACAGCCUUAUAG